AUGACCCUUGCAAAAAGGGGUGCUUAUGGAUUCGUCUUCAAACUUACAGUUGAAUUGUAUGAUGAGACAGUAAAAGGGGGAGGAAAGAAUACAACAAAGAUCGUAAUCAUUACCGUAUCAUCAACUGCAGUAGCUGCGGCCCUCUUGGGUUUCUGGUAUUAUUCAUCCUUUGGCAGAAGGAAAAUAAAAGAAGCUGUGGAUGAAAUAACAAGUGUUGAAUCCUUGCAAUUCAAUUUCGGCACCAUUAGAGCCGCAACAAACAACUUUUCUGAUGCGAAUAAGAUUGGGAAAGGUGGAUUUGGGGUAGUUUACAGGGGUAGGCUUUCAAACGGACAAGAGAUAGCAGUGAAAAGAUUAUCCAAAAACUCUGGACAAGGAGAUCUAGAAUUUAAGAAUGAGGUUCUACUAGUGGCCAAGCUCCAACACCGGAAUUUAGUUAAGCUCCUUGGAUUCUGCUUGGAAGGAAAUGAAAGGCUUCUUAUAUAUGAGUUUGUGCCUAACACAAGCCUUGAUCACUAUAUAUUUGAUCCCAUGAAGCGUGCAGACUUAGAUUGGGGAAGGCGGUAUAAAAUUAUAGGUGGCAUUGCUCGAGGGCUUUUGUACCUUCAUGAGGAUUCCCGACUUCGGAUUAUUCAUCGUGACCUCAAAACUGGCAACAUUCUAUUAGAUGCAAAAAUGAAUCCUAAAAUUUCAGAUUUUGGCAUGGCAAGAUUAUUCGUAUUGGAUCAAACUGAAGGCAGUACAAAUAGAAUUGUGGGGACUUAUGGAUAUAUGGCUCCAGAAUAUGCAAUGUUUGGGCAAUUUUCGAUAAAAUCAGAUGUCUUCAGCUUUGGUAUUAUAAUUUUGGAGAUUGUAAGUGGUCAGAAAAUUACUAGUUUCCGUAACACACAGAAUAUGGAGUACCUUCUCAGCUAUGCAUGGAGAAAUUGGAGGGAGGGGACAGCUUCAAACCUCAUAGAUCCCAUCUUAAUGAAGGGCGGUUCAAAACCUGAAAUAAUGAGAUGUAUUCACAUCGGUCUACUAUGUGUUCAACAAAAUGUAGAUGACAGACCAGACAUGGCUUCAGCUGUUCUCAUGCUUAAUAGCGAUUCAGUCGCUCUCCGUUUACCUACAGAACCUGCAAGCUUUAUGCAGAGCAAUGUUCAGUCAGCCACACCACUGCAACAGGAUGUCAAUUUCACAGGAACUAGUUACGAGGCUUCAAUUACUGAGUUAUCUCCUAGGUAGUGUUUCGUGGAAGGGGGCUAUAAUAAGCAUGUUUUUAUGUAAAUUUCACUCACUAUGAUUCAUCUGAUGCCCCAAGAUUAGAUAUCCUAAGGCAAUCUCAGCUACAAUUCAUCUAAUGGCCCAA